AUGGCGGCGGCGGCGGGCCCGGCGCGGCUGGUGCGCUGCGGGCAGAAGGACGAGCUCUACCGGGCCGGGCUGCGCAGCGGGGCCGGCACGGCGCUGAGGGGGCUGGCGGGUGCCCGGCCGUGGCUGGCGUGGAGGAGGGAGGUGGAGCUGCUCUCCGAUGUGGCUUAUUUCGUGCUCACCACGCUAUCAGGUUAUCAGACCCUGGGAGAAGAGUAUGUGAACAUCAUUCAGGUUGACCCGAGCAAGAAGAAGGUGCCUUCCUUCCUUCGUCGGGCCCUCUUCAUUUCCCUGCACACCUUGGUGCCCUACUGCCUGGAAAAGGCACUGCUGCACCUCCAACACGAGCUGCAGGUGGAGGCUGAGGAAUGCAGGAGCCCAGAGAACCCCCCAGCCCUUGGCUUUCCCAGCAGGAGCUUCAUUCGCAGCUGGAUUCGGAGGCAGGUUGGGCAGCUCAGUGAGGAGCAGAAGAAAAGAGCCUCCCAAGUCGUGGAUGUCCUCAAACAAUCCCUCCCCCUGCUGCACCGGCUCCACCUGGCAGUGUUCUACAUCCAGGGCACCUUCUAUCACCUGUCCAAAAGGGUCACAGGCAUCUCAUAUCUGCAUUUUGGAGGACUGCAAGGAGAGGAUCAGAGCAUCAGAUCAAGUUACAAGUUCCUUGGAAUAAUUUCCCUCUUCCACCUUCUGCUGACCAUUGGAGUUCAGAUGUACAGCUUCAAACAGAAGCAGAGAGCAAGGCAGGAGUGGAGGCUGCACCGCAACCUCACCCACCAGAAAAGCAGGAGCACGGAGGCGGCGGCCGGGCGCCAGUCGCGCUGCACGCUGUGCCUGGAGGAGAGGAGGCACAGCACAGCCACCCCCUGUGGGCACCUCUUCUGCUGGGAGUGCAUCACGGCCUGGUGCAGCACCAGGGCAGAAUGUCCACUGUGCAGAGAGAAGUUCCAUCCUCAGAAACUGAUCUACCUACGGCACUACCAAAUGUAAAGGGAACCUCUUCUGUCUCCUCAUACUUGGGUUGGUCCAAGAAAUGCUUCAUUAAACUGGAAACUGCCUGUGCAAGGUGGUACUACAUUCCUGUGUGACAGAAUAAAGCUAUUUUUUCUUCUAGA